AUGUCGAAACCCGAAAUUGAGGCUCUAGAGCACUAUAACGAUACCGAAUCUCUCAGCGAAGAGCACAAACAAUAUCUUCUUAAGCGCCAUGGCGCCAUCAACCUGGACCCCGUCCCUUACAUGAGCGAUGCCGACCCCUUGAACUGGCCCAAGUGGAAGAAAAUUGUAAACCUUUCCCUAGUCGCCUUCCACGCAAUGAUGGCCACUUUCACCGCCGCGGCAAUCCAAUCAGCCUUUGUCGAAAUCGCAGAAGACCUCGGAGUAAGCGUGCAGCGAGCGACCUACCUCACAUCUCUUGUCAUCGCAAUCCUCGGCGGUGCACCGCUUCUUUGGCGCCCGCUCUCACAUACCUACGGCCGACGUCCGAUCUUCCUACUAUCCCUCUUUUGCAGCCUCAUCGGCAAUAUUGGCUGUGCAGUUAGUCCUACGUAUGGCACGAUGGGCCUCUGCCGGGCGAUAACUGCCUUUUUCAUUUGCCCUGCCGCAGCUAUUGGAACGGCCGUCGUGUCGGAAACAUUCUUUCGAAAAGAGAGGGCGCGCUACAUGGGUGUUUGGACCACAAUGGUGACGCUUGGCGUUCCCGUCGCUCCUCUCAUCUUUGGCUUUGUUGCUAUGAGGACUGGCUAUCGAUGGAUUUACUGGAUUCUUGCUAUAACGAAUGGUGUUCAGUUCAUCCUCCACGGCCUGUUUGGGCCCGAAACCCGAUUCGAACCCAGCACUCGAUUGCAAGAAAACUCUUCUUUCAGACAACAAUACCUCAGCUUCCGUCGCAUCGAUCCCAAACCGUUGAAGUUGAGGGACUUUUUGCACCCUCUUAGCUUCAUCUGGUCUCCCAAUGUUAUCAUCCCAGCUGUUGCACAUGCCAUGGUAUUCCUUUGGGGUAGUGUCAUGACGACCUUUGAGAUUCCCCAAGUUUUCCCCGAGAAAUUUGGGUUCAACACACAGCAAGUUGGCCUGCAGUAUAUCGGCAUUAUCAUUGGUACAAUCCUUGGUGAGCAGAUUGGUGGAAUCCUAUCCGAUAAGUGGAUGGGACUACGCGAGCGCAGAGGCAAGCGACCAGAACCGGAAUACCGUCUAUGGCUGAGUUACAUCGGCUACCUGACUGCAGUCUGUGGCGUAGUGGUUUUCUUGGUGCAGCUUGACCGAGCCUCAGAGACAUGGGACGCUACCCCUAUCGUCGGGGCAGGCAUCGCAGCAGCAGGGAAUCAGAUCGUCACAACCAUCAUGAUCACAUAUGCUGUGGACUGCUAUCAUAAGGAUGCUGCAGCAGUAGGCGUCUUUAUCACAUUUAUUCGCCAAGUUUGGGGAUUUAUUGGCCCGUUCUGGAUCCCAGAAAUGAUUGAAAGCCCAGGGUUCAGGCUAAGUGCAGUAAUCUCCACGGCCACGAUAAUAGCAGCAGCGAUACUGCCUACGAUGUUGUUGCAGUUCAAGGGUCGACAUUGGAGACCGCAAGACGCAAAGAACUAG